GCAGGAAAAGGGUAAUACACAAGGGAAAACAUUAAACUCAAUCACAGAGGACAAAAGCGGGUGUCUUUCUUGACUCAGACUGCAAAUUCCUCUUCUCGAAUUCGUUUCCUCGCUUUUUGAUCAAACGCUGAUUCUUUUCACCUCUCUCCAAUUCUUACAGGGUUUGAUCGAUUGGUUGAUUGUCUAAGAAGAAGAUGUGGGCGGCUACUUGCCUUGCGUCUUGCUGCGCUACUUGCGCCUGUGAUGCCUGCCGCACGGUGGUCUCGGGGAUUAGCAGGCGGUCGGCCAGGAUUGCAUACUGUGGUCUCUUUGCUCUGUCUUUGAUUGUUUCGUGGAUUCUCCGGGAGGUCGCUGCUCCUCUAAUGGAGAAGCUCCCUUGGAUCAACCAUUUUCAUAAGACACCUGAUAGGGAGUGGUUUGAAACUGAUGCGGUGCUGCGUGUUAGCUUGGGAAACUUUCUAUUUUUUACUGUUCUUGCUAUUUUAAUGGUCGGUGUAAAGAAUCAGAAGGAUCCUCGUGACAGUUUGCAUCAUGGUGGAUGGAUGAUGAAAGUUAUUUGUUGGUGCAUUUUGGUGAUUUUUAUGUUUUUCCUUCCAAAUGAAAUUGUCAGCUUCUAUGAGUCAAUAUCGAAAUUUGGCUCAGGAUUGUUUCUUCUUGUUCAAGUUGUGCUUUUGCUGGAUUUUGUUCAUGGAUGGAAUGACAAGUGGGUUGGAUAUGAUGAACAGUUCUGGUAUGUUGCUCUUCUUGUGGUCUCACUUGUUUGUUAUGUGGCAACAUUUGUCUUCUCGGGAUUUCUUUUCCAUUGGUUCACACCAUCUGGACAGGAUUGUGGAUUAAACACCUUCUUUAUCAUUAUGACCUUGAUUUCCGUGUUUGUUUUUGCUAUUGUUGCACUGCACCCUGCUGUAAAUGGUAGCAUUUUGCCAGCAUCAGUCAUAUCCGUUUACUGCAUGUACCUAUGCUACAGUGGACUUGCUAGUGAACCAAGGGAUUAUGAGUGCAAUGGUCUGCACAAACAUUCAAAAGCUGUUUCCACUGGCACCCUCACCGUUGGCCUGUUUACAACUGUUCUAUCAGUUGUCUAUUCUGCUGUUCGUGCUGGGUCCUCUACAACUCUUCUCUCCCCACCAAGCUCACCCCGUGCAGGCAAACCUUUGCUGCCACUGGAAAACAGUACCGGAGAGCAUCAUGAAGAGAAAGACAAAGUGAAGCCAGUCACAUAUUCUUAUGCCUUCUUCCACAUCAUCUUCUCUCUGGCUAGUAUGUAUUCAGCGAUGCUUUUGACCGGGUGGUCAACCUCAGUUGGGGAGAGUGGAAAGUUAGUAGACGUGGGGUGGCCCUCUGUGUGGGUUCGCGUCAUUACUGGCUGGGCAACUGCGGGUCUAUACCUAUGGUCUCUUGUUGCUCCUAUUAUGUUCCCAGAUAGGGAGUUCUAAGUCUCCUCCGGCAGGAAUAUAGAUAUCUCUGGAUGUUCAAUUUACUGUGUAUAUGUUAUGUAAGGUCGACUUCCUGACUUGCUUGUCGAGUGGAGUCUCUAUGGAAACUGUCUGCAACAAUGUCAAACAUGCUUUGUUGCAUUUAUGAAUUGGAGUGGUGAAAAUUUGUGCUCUCUCUGUGCACACUUGUAGACAUAGAUAGGCACUCACGCUAUUACUGUUAACUUUGUCAUCUUGUUUGUCCAUUUGAAUAGGAAACAAGCUUAAAAUAAA